GCUUCUCAUUCAUUUAUCUAUCUGCAACAGUUCAAAAGCUUGAUUCCUAUUUUUUUCCCUUCUCCGGUAGGCGAUUACCCUCUCAUUGGCGCCAACCUGUUUCGUGACGUUUGGUUGUUCCCCACCGCUUCCACAGUUCACAUAUUUCUAUCAGGAUGCAGCUGCGGAAUACCGCACAUGUGACCAACAUUAGUUAUUGGUUAAACUGGAGGGUCUUACUGUGUUCAGCUUCAGUUUUGCUUCCUAUGAUUAUUGCAUUGUUGAUCAUAUGGAAGCGUGAAGGUUCAAGGCAUUUGGCCCCUGCAAAAGGAGAUAACCAGCAGGACAGGAACCGGAUUUUAUGCGGUGAUGAAGCAUGGAAACCAUGCCUAAAAGGAAUUCAUCCUGUCUGUUUGCUAGUUUAUCGGGUUGCUGCAUUCGUUUUGCUUUUAGUGACAUUAGUGGCUAAAAUUCUCUCUAAUGGUGGUACCAUUUAUUUAUACUACACUCAGUGGACCUUUACUCUAGUUACCAUUUAUUUUGGGUGUGCAUCUAUGCUCUCUGUGUAUGGGUGUCAUCAGUUUCAAAAAUCAAGAAGCAGCACCUUUAAUUUUAGUUUUGCUGGAACAGAUGCAGAGCAAGGGUCAAGCGCACCUCUCUUGCAUCAGAAUUCUACAAAUCUAUCACAUGAAAAUCGAUUCAUAGGCAUUUUGAGUUAUAUUAUGGAAGUUCUAUUCCAGACAAAUGCAGGUGCAGUGAUGCUUACAGAUAGCGUAUAUUGGUGUGUUAUAUUCCCAUUUCUUACCAUCAGGGAUUACGAUUUAAGUUUUAUGACGGUGAAUAUGCAUACACUGAAUGUUGUUUUGCUUCUUGGAGACACAGCUUUGAAUUGCCUGCAACUGCCCUGGUUUCGGAUCUCUUUCUUUGUGCUAUGGACUGGUGCUUUCGUCAUUUUUCAGUGGAUUCUUCAUGCUUUUGUGUCAAUUUGGUGGCCAUAUCCAUUUCUUGAUUUGUCAUUACCCUACGCUCCAUUGUGGUACUUUGUGAUGGCAUUGAUGCAUAUUCCAUGUUAUGGCAUGUUUGUACUCAUUGUUGAUUUGAAACAUUAUUUUCUGUCAAAACGGUUCCCUUCCUCUCAUCAAUGCUAAGGAUUGAG